GUUGUUGGCCGGUCAUUGUGCCUGAAACAUUGAGGACGACGUUGUCUUGAAAUAUAAUGAACUGACUCUAACUCUAGGAAUAAGAGUGGAUUCUACUCUGUGAGGUUUUUGGCAAUUAAGGAAAUAACGUGAAUGAGUUCGCUAACGUCAAAGAAGAGCACACCUGGUGAUCAUACAGGGAAAAAAUAAAAGAAGGCUACAUCACCUUUAGCACCAUUACAAAGAAAACUUGUCAACAUCACGGAAUCCUUACCGCGAGCUACCCACUUGAGGGAGAAAAACUCGGCAUGAAGGGAAUUUCAACGAACAUCUCCUCCUUUCUUGGCAAUCCCAAUCACACCACAUAGGAAACCUGUGAUGAAACUUUACAGCUAAUUUUUUGGGCCGUGAAUGGCGUCUUGGCGUCGAUCAUUUUUGCGGGAAACACUCUUACUUGUGUCAUCUUUCUGUCCACUAAAAUGCUUCGACAACAAAACAUGAACAUCUUCCUUAUCAGCUUAGCAGUUAGUGAUAUUCUCAUGGCCAUUAUGGUGGUCCCAGGCUACACUGCAUUCUGCGCAGGUUGUAAGUACCUCUCCUCGGACACUUGCUGGAUUCUAGCGCAGACCAAAGACAUUGUGUUCAGUUCGUCAUUUUUCAGCUUAUUAGCCAUCACCUAUGAUAGGUAUUUAGCGGUGCUCCGCCCUUUGUUGUACAGCAGCAAAAUGACUAGAGCCAAAGUCACUUGUAUGGUGAUUUCCAUUUGGGUCAUUCCUGCUAUCGUUGCCACCGCAAGAAACAUUUGGUGGCAGACGCAAGAGGAAGAAAAAGCUAAGGCCAUCAACCAGGUCUAUAACGUAAUACUAGUUUUUCUUCUCGUUGUGUUACCAGCUAUUAUAAUGACCCUUGUUAAUACCAUGAUAAUUCGCGCCAUUCGGACGCAGCGAAGGAAGACAAUUCCCGUGAGAGACUUGAGCUCUUUGACGUCUCAGGAAUUUUCAUGUGAGGAAACUCGGGCUGAAUCUGUUAGAAAACGAAAAGGAACCAGUGCCUGCGCAGCGGUUGUUUUAGUGUUUGUGUUGUCAUGGGUUCCCCGCUCAAUCUACAACUUUGCGUUUGUGUUUGGCGGUGCAGCUUUAGUAACUCCACUUCUGGUAAAGUUGUCCAUGUUUUUUCUCCUUUUGCAGUCGUGUGUGAAUCCUUUCAUAUAUUCAUUUUAUAGGACGGAUUUUCGGCAGGCCGCUAGACGAUUGUUUAAAUUUCGCGGUUAAGAAAACUAGCGCUCACAUUUUUUGAGGGAAAAGGUGUAAUCGUCUAAUUUCAUCGUGAGAGAGUUUAGCUAAUGUGUGACCAUGUUUCUUUUUUAAUUCUCUUUCAUUUUAUUGUUGCAAAUUAAGCUGAUUAACAGAUUAACACCAUCCAAAAAAAUGUUUCUCAUGAAAAAGCCCUAGCUCUUAGAAUAGCGGAUUAGCUUUUCUCAUAUAGGGCUUCCGAUACGGAUUGCAUCAUUUCAGUCAAAAAUGCAAUAGCCCGGAAAAACUGCGAGGGGCUGUUUCAAACAUGCUCGAGUUGCCAGAACCAUGAAAUUAAUUUCGACGAUUGUUUAAAAGUCAGGUAGACUUUUAAGGAGCCAAUACAUUAAGAUGUUGUCAAAAUAUUCUUAAGUGAACUUGAAAGAAGCAAAAGAAUCCUCUUUGUUGGAUAAUGUCUACACGCCUUGACAAAGAUAGCAAGCUUUUGAUUUUGAUCUCAGCCGCUUGCGAUUGCUCAGUUGUGGGAUCAGAUCAUGAAAGCCCUGGCGGAAGCUUAAAAGUAUAAUAUUUUAUUUUGAUUCCAAUUUUUUCCAGAUUAGAAAUGUUAGGAAAACUUUAUGAUCUGCCUACUCCAAAGUUAUUGACUUGUUAAUAAGUUUACAAUUUGGUCCGCAAAUAUAUUAGAGACUUAGAAUAUCAUUUACACUGAUACAAGUUAGAUUUCCGCCGAUUGCUUGGUCGGCUGUAUUUGAGAUAAAUAUGUCUUAACACUCAGAUGUAGAAGGCAGAAGUAUUAGACACUAAAUUUGUUUAUAAAUCAUGGAAUUGCACCAUUUUAAUCAAGCAAUCACUGGGUCAACUCGUUGCCCUUCGGGUCACUACUGAAGCGUUAGAGACGUAAGAAAUUUGCGUCUUUGAGUCGUUGAAAUCCGUUGAGAGGAAGAAAGCUUUUUGAGGGUAUAAGAACACCAGUGAUGGAGGGCGAAGAAUGAUGAAGAUUAAGAUGAUGUUUAUUUUGGAAAUUUUGUUCUGAAUUUUCUACAAGAUUCACAUUCCGUGACGUAGCUCCUUUAACGACCCUUUUAGCACUCGAAGUGACCAGCUUCAAAUUUCUCCACUAAACUUUUAGCAUAUUUCUCCAUCAUUGGCUUUCUUAAUAUUCAUUCUUCCGAUCGAUGUUUAGUUUUUUGAGCCAUUUUUAAUUGUGUCAAAAGAAAUCCUGAAUUACAUUGGUUUUGCUCAACUUGUUCUGUGAUUGGUCCAGAAAAAGACUCGCGCCACUCUUUCAAAUAAUCAGAUGCAAAAUUAAAACAGACCACGACUUGUUCGCCCGCGUUUUCCCGCGCUUCAGGCAGUUUGCUCAGUUUUACUGUGAGUUCUUAUUAGCUCUCAAAGUAUUUUCCUUUCUUCUGAUUGGCUGUUGUGUUUUUUUGGUUUUGGUUUUACGACACUCAAUCUAAAAACGCUCACCCUUGAAUAACAUUCUGUAAAUCCUUCAGGUUGAAACUUCCACGGUUCUCAGUAAUUUUUCACUUGGCAAAAACGUUCCAACCUGGGGUUUUUAGUAUUGAAUGAAACGCCAUAAAUGCAACGAGGAAACCAAACUCGUAGUUAUUUAAUGAAGGAAAUACUUAUUUACUCGGUUUCAAUACCGACUUGAGAAUCAGUAACAGUCAUUAACAUCAAACAAACUGUCGUCUUUAUCGUUCAUAUAAAUAGAAAUAAAAGGAAUAUUUGUUAAACAUGA